AUGGUCAAGACCAAAGAGCUGUCCAAAAGCACCAGAGAUUUUGUUCAUCUCCACAAGACUGGAAAGGGCUAUGGAGUAAUUGCCAAGCAGCUUGAUGAGGAGGCAGGUCCUCCUGACGAACAGUCUCAGUGUCCCACCUGUAAAAGAACAUUCUUCCCGAAAGUCCUGGAGAAGCAUUACAAAAUCUGCCAGAAGUCUGCUGCUAAACGGAGGAAGGUUUUUGAUUCCAGCAGGCAGAGAGCAGCUGGAACAGACAUCCCCACGCUCAAACCUCUAAAGCCAGUGUCACAAAGUUCAUCUUCUUCUCAGAAAGCAGAACCGCCAAAAAAGCCAUCCAAUUGGCGCAAGAAACAUGAGGACUUUAUCGCGGCCAUCCAGGCAUCCAAGGCCAGCAUGAAGGCCAUGAAGGAAGGCGGGCCUUUGCCCCCGCCGCCUCCUCCUUCAUACGACCCAGACCUAAUCCAGUGUCCUUAUUGUCAGCGGAGGUUCAACGAAAGUGCCGCGCAAGGACACAUUAAGUUCUGUCAGGAUCAGGCUGCCAGGAUGGGUAACAGGAACAAGUUAGGUGACGUCAGGAAGCCUCUCCGCGCACAGUACAAGCCACCUCCUCCUAUCAAAAAGGUGAAUUCCGCAGCGUCAACCAUCUCUUCAGCCUCAUCACGUCUACCUCAGAGAUCAAGCCUUGCCUCGACAACUGGAGUGCCUUCUGCUAAGGUUUCCCCCGCAGCUUCAAUGAGGACAAAUCCAUCUGGGAUCACGAGUCCUGCUUCUGGUGUGGGAAUUAGGAACCGAGUAGUGGGUUCUGGAUACAACCCGAUGAGAAAUACGACACCCGGAAAAGUACCGCUUAACAAGAAGAAACAAGAAGAUGCUUGCAUAACAAGGAAUGACAUCGAUGGCAGUAACGUUAUGGGCAACGGGGAACUAAAGAAGUUUUGUCACUCAUGCGGGACCAAGUAUCCUAUAGAAGCUGCAAAAUACUGCUGCGAGUGCGGCAUCAGAAGGUUGUGUAUUUGA